GUCACAUGACUGACAGGAACUGAGCUGCAGGUUAACGCCCAGAGAUAAAACUCUGCUGCAGACAGAGGUACAAACACAGAGCCUGAACAUCCGCCUUCUCUUCAACCGUUAUUUAGACACAACAGGACUUUCAGAAACAAACUUGAUCUCUCAGCUGCAGUUUUCUGCUCUCUAGUGCGAGGAUCAGGAAGACACAGAGACCUCCAUCAUGACCACCGCCGACCAGCUGCUGGAGCAUAUGUUCUCCUGGAUCGAGCAGAGGGAGAGCUGUGCCAAGCAGCUGAAGAAACUGGCCCAGGAGCUGGAGUCACUCAGGGAGAAAUGCAACGCCAGUGAAUGUGUUGGCAGCUCAGUGGCAGUGGUGGGAGCUGCAUGUGUGAUCGGGGCCGGCGUGGCCACUCUGUUGACCGCUGGAGCAGCUGCUCCAUUUUUAGGUUUGUUAGGAGCAGCGUAUUCAGGUGUAGGUGUCGCUGUAUCUGUGGUGACUAAAAUCACUGAGCACUUCUUAUCCGGUGCCACCAUGAAAGAGGCGCAGAACAUAGAACAGAAGAGCAACGAAAUUGAAGAAGAAAUACAAAAACUGUUCCAGCAACUGAAGGCGGAGAGGAGGGAGGCGAGUUCCUUCACAGACCCAGAUGAUCUGGACCGACACAUCGUGACUGAAAUCCUGAGAGCCAUGGUCAGACGGAGUGGACUGGAUCGGAAGAUCAACUUCCACAUGCUUGAUGAUGAGCCACAGUUUUUCUUCGAUGGACCAAGAUCCAUGGGGCUCAACCGGGACUACUUCAGUACUGUAGUGAUGGUUGGAUUUUUGGGAAUUUUAGCAUUUUUCACAUUUGAAGUUAGAGGGAAAAAAUUUAAAUUUUUGUUUGCUAAAGGAGCUAAAGAACUCAUCAAACGACUGUCUACAACUGCAUUUAAAACAACCCUUAAAGGAGGAGCCAAGGUUGUGGGAGGAGCUGUUGGAAUGGCGUUUGCACUUUCUGAGGCGAUUGACAACUGGAAAGACUCAAUCAAGAAGAAUCAUGUGACUGAAGCGAGCCAAUCACUGAGAGAUACAGCCGAUGCUAUUCUAAAGAUGACCCGGACAUUGAGGGGACAGUUUGAUGACAUGAAGAAGAUGUUUGAUGACAUCGCUAAAAGUCAACAACACGAAGAAGAGCUUUCCAAUAGGAAAAACAAGACUCAAGACUGUACAGAACAGCCAGAGGAAGAGGAGAGUGAUGGUGAGGAUGAAGGGAGCGAUCAGGAAGAAGAGGAGAGUGAUAGUGAGGAGGAAGGGAGCGAUCAGGAAGAAGAGGAGAGUGAUAGUGAGGAGGAAGGGAGCGAUCAGGAAGAAGAGGAGAGUGAUGGUGAGGAGGAAGGGAGUGAUCAGGAGAAAGAGGAGAGUGAUAGCAAGGAAGAGAUAGAAGAUGAUGAAAGCAAGCAGACAAAACGUCAUCGAAAGGAGACUCAAAUUGAAGAAAGAGAAGAGAGUAAAGAAGUGUUGGAACGGUGUCAGGAUCAGAGAAGUAACAGCAGCACUGCCGUGGAAAGCAAUCACGAGCUUGAGAACAACCAAACACGUCCUGCAGCAAUAAGGGUGGCGUUGCUCAAUCUUUGGUCUAUGAAUAACAAAACAUCCCGCAUCUUAGAGCUCAUAACACAAAACAAUCUGGACGUCUUUCUCUCAACAGAGACUUUCCUAAGAGAAGACACCGGAGACAGAGUCCUCCGGGAGGCCUCGCCAUCAAAUUUCAAUUUUUAUUAUCAGGCGAGAGCUAGUAGAGGGGGAGGGACAGCGAUUCAGUUCACACAGACAUUGCAGGGUGAACAAAUUCAUUUUGACUCCCUUGACAUAACGACCUUUGAAUUUGUUGCAGCAGUUCUGCAACAUGAGGAAUGGGACGAACCUGUCCUUAUUAUUAAUGUGUAUCACAGACCGGGGUACAACUUGACCCAAUUCCGCGCAUUCCUGAAUGAGUUUCAAGCACUGCUGGACCAUCUCAUAUAUCUCAACUACAACAGCAUCAUUGUGACCGGUGAUUUCAAUAUCUGGGUUGAUGUUGAAAAUAGGCGCUCUACUGAUGAGUUUGAUUGGCUUUUGUUGAUUAACAAUCUGGACCAGCAUGUACGGGAGCCAACACACCGGGCAGGUCACAUUCUGGAUCUGGUGAUCACCAGAAAUGUUGAAAUCUUUGAUCGCUUUGUCUUGAACAAUGGAAUAUCAGAUCAUUACACAGUUUAUUUCAACGCGAGGCCAGUGUCAAAAGAUACGAGGGAGAAAACUAAUGAAAACAUGGAACAGGACAAGCAGGUGAAGGAGGAAUAGAAAGUUUAUCAGGUUUAGAAAAAUAGAGCAACUUCAACAGUAUUAUUGCAAAUUUGGCUUUUGACAGUUUAAUGUAGCUGCUUACCGAUUUUUCCUGCUAAAAGCUAAGGAGUUAGCCAUCACGGGGUGUCUUUGUAGCCUUUACAGAAGGUUUUCUAUCCAGCCUGGAAGUUGUGCCUCUUUUCGGAGUUGUUCAGCAAUAAAUCCAAACGCUUAUAUCCAAGAUUUAUCCACUUGAUGCCCAUAAUUUAUCACGUUUUCGGUCAUUUCUGCCGCUAGCUCUGUGCUACCGUCUAGUAUAAAUCUCCCAUGAUGCUUUGCGAGAGUGUGUUGACAUUUUUCAACCAAUGGGAAGGCAGGUCCUUCACACAAAGACUAUGUAGUGGAAAAGAUAGAUCACUCCAGCGAAUCCGAGCGAGAACAAAGAGUAAAGUGAAAAAGAGAGAUAACUCUGGUCUAUUACCGUUCUACAGAGAAGAAUGGCGUCACUGUUUAGAGAUGUGGCAUACAUUUGGGCCUUUUUUGAAGAAAUGUAAAUAGUUUGUCAUUUA